AUGGAUACUGACGAGGAGAUGGAGGAAGAUGAUGGGCCAGCAGAUGCAUUUCAGGAUCGUAGAGGUGGUCGUGUCUUACCCUUUCCGCAGCUGCCUGGUCCGGCGUACUUGGAGGGUCCGUGCGAGGGAGGGCCGCAAAAUUUAGAGUUUAUGCGAUGGUUCAAGUCGCAUAUAGCGAUGUACAUUUGGGAAGGAUAUGAGCGCCGUGAAACUACACGGUGCGAGUCGAGGACCAAAGCACUCGAGGACUACCGCGGCCCGCAGGAUAACAUGAUGAUUGCGAGGUUGGAGGCAACAGGUCUUUACCACUUACGAGACUGUUUUCUGAAGAGGAUGAACAAGAACCUCAUGCUAGCUUUCGUGGAGAGGUGGCAGCCGGAGACGAACAGUUUCCACAUGCCAUGGGGCGAGAUGACGAUCACGCUCCACGAUGUCGCUUUCAUCCUGGCGUUGCGGCUGGACGGACCAGCAGUGUCUGAAAUUCGCCCGGUAGAAGAGUGCUCACAGAGUCUUGCAUCUGUAUUGGGUGUCGGUCUGAUGGACACCAAUGAGUCGCUCCACGAUGUCGCUUUCAAAUUGUUUGGUAAUUUUUUUUAA